AUGCCGACACUCACUGUCACACCGCACAACAGUAACACCAACGUUGAAAGUUUAGAAGGACAGAACUACCUGAAGACCAAGAAGCUGGUGUCUUUGAGUGCGGGGAACGUUCUUUACUGCAGUAAUUUUGAUAUAGAAAAUGGCGCAUGUUUAUAUGGGGGAGAUAAUUUGGCUGGAUUCAAGUAUAUGAAGAAAGUCGGGGGAAUUGACACCGAUGCCUGCUCCCCUUACGACCCAGAUCAUGGACAAUGCACUUACAAUGCUACGAACAAGGCAGCCACUCUCUCUGACUACGAGCAAGUUUACGGAGAUGAGAUAGAUUUGCGUGAGGCCGUGGCUAAGAUUGGACCUGUUUCUGUCUCCAUUGAAGGAAACCAGAGAUCCUACUACCUGUACAAGAGCGCCAAUCGUCUGAGGAAAGAUGCAUUCAGUGAUCGACUCCUUCUAGAGACUUGCCAAUGGUUUAAGACCCGGGUCGGUAACAAGUAGAAGAAGUAUCAGAAGACUGCUAGGUUUUAUCAUACAGAAUACAG